AUGCUUGAUUGUGCCCCCACUCCCCGUGAUGAUGAUUAUACUCAUCCUUCUAAAGUUGAUGCUUACAAUCUUGGUUGUGAUCCUUCUCCCCUUGUUAACCCUCAAUUUUCUUCAUCUUGUGAGUGUCCGAUUGAUUAUUUAGAAUCCCUUAUUAGGUGUGUUGAGCUUGAUUCUACUUUUGGGCCAAGUAAGGAGUUGUUUUUAAAUUCUAUGAGAAGUCAAUUGGAGAUGAUGAAUAGGAGUGAAGAGCAUGAUGAUGAUGAUGUUUUUGUGCAAUCAAAAGAUUGUGAGGAAGACAACAAUGAGCUUUUGAGUGAAGUAAAGAGAGUUGAGAGCUUUCAGAUUUCUAAGGGAAAUGUUGUUUAUCGUCGUGAUAGGGAAUUGGAAGAUGAGGUUGUUUCUCUUGGAGAUUGGUUGUUUGAGGGAUAUGUAGAUCACGAGUGUUCUUCUUUUGAGAAUUCAAUGAUUAAUUUUCAUUCCCUUAUUAGUGAUGAGAGAGGACAUUACAAGAGAGAUUGUCCUAAUGCAAGAGCUUUAACCAUACGAGAGCUUAAGAAUAUGAUGGCACAACCUUUUGUCCUUGAAGAAGAGAAGGAGAAUGAAAAUGGUAGUGAAAAUGUACCUUUAGAGUCUUAUGAUUCUAAUGAGGAGGAGGAGCAAGUUGAUGACUGUUUUCCCGAAAAAAAUAGUCUAGUAAUGAGGAGAGCCCUCCAAAUGCACGUGGAGGUUGAGAAAACCCCAAUUCAAAGAGAAAAUGUCUUCUUAACCAAAUGCAAGGUUAAUGAAGAUGUGUGUGACUUGAUUGUUGAUAGUGGCAGUGAAGCUAAUGUUGUGUCAAGUGAUCUUGUUAAGAAACUUGACUUGAAGACUACUAGACAUCCUACUCCUUACAAGUUGAGUUGGCUUGAUAAGAGCAAGAGUACGGGAGUUAGAAAACAAUGUCUAGUAAAAUUUCAGAUUAGUUCGUAUGUGGAUGAAAUUUUAUGUGAUGUCAUUCCCAUGGAUGCUUGUCACAUUUUGUUAGGGAGGCCAUGGCAAAGUGACAAAAAAUCAGUACAUGAUGGCCUAUCAAACACCUACACCAUUACUCACCAAGGCAGCAAGAAAGUGUUGCACCAUUUACCACCACAAAAAAGCCUUUCCCAAACACAAUCCCCACCACCAAAAAAAGAGCCCAAAAGAAAGGACAUUUUGUUGCUUUCCUUAAAAGAAUUCGAAAACUCUUUGGAGAAGGAAGAUGAAGUGUUCUUAUUGUUUUCUAAAGAGGAACACGAAGGUUUAUUCCAACAAAACCCUAGGCUAGCCGCAUUGAUCAAGGAGUAUGAAGAUGUUUUUUCUAAUGAAUUACCACAAGGGUUGCCUCCUAUUCGUGAUGAGUUGAGUGGAGCUCAAGUGUUUUCCAAGAUAGAUUUAAGGAGUGGAUAUCACCAAAUUAGAAUGAGGGAAGGUGAUGAAUGGAAAACAGCCUUUAAAACUAAGCAUGGUUUGUAUGAGUGGCUUGUUAUGCCAUUUGGAUUAACAAAUGCUCCAAGCACCUUCAUGAGACUUAUGAACGAAAUGUUGAGGCCAUUUUUGGGGAAGUUUGUAGUUGUUUACUUAGACGACAUUCUCAUCUAUAGUAAAAAUGAGGAGGAGCAAUUGAAACACUUGGAAGAGAUUUUAAAAACCUUGAGAGAGCAACAAUUGUAUGGGAAGUUGGAGAAGUGCCAUUUUUUGCUAACAGAUAUUGUUUUCCUUGGUUAUAUUGUUUCAGGUGAAGGAAUUAAAGUUGAUCCAAGCAAAGUGGAAGCCAUUUCUUCAUGGCCAAUUCCAAAAACAGUCACGGAGGUUCGUUCAUUUCAUGGACUUACUUCGUUCAAUAGGAGGUUUAUUGAACAUUUUAGCACCCUUAUGGCUCCCAUCACCGAAUGUACAAAGAAGGGAAGCUUUCAAUGGACUCCACAGGCUCAAAAGGUGUUUGAGUUGGUGAAAAAGAAGAUGUGUGAAACGCCGGUUCUAGCCCUUCCAGAUUUCAUGAAACCAUUUGAAGUUGAGUGUGAUGCAAGUGGAAAAGGAAUAGGGGCUGUCCUAAUCCAAGAGAAGAAGCCAAUUGCGUUCAUUCAUGGACAAAAGAAGUUGAAUGCAAGGCAUGUUAAGUGGGUGGAAUUCCUACAAUCUUUCAACUUUGCAACCAAGUACAAGAAAGGCAAAACCAAUAUUGUGGCGGAUGCAUUAUCAAGAAGGCAUAAUCUUCUUGGAAUCAUGGAAACUAAAAUUCUUGGUUUUGAGGUCAUGAAGGAAUCAUACAAAGAUGAUCUUGAACUCAAGGAAAUCAUGGAGUCUUGCAAGAAUGGAGUCCACGGUUCAUUUGUCAUAAUAGAUGGUUUCCUUUUCAAAGGGAACAAACUUUGUGUUCCUAAAGGUGCAAUUCGAGAGUUGUUGAUCAAGGAAGCUCAUGGAGGAGGACUUGCUGGUCAUAUGGUGAAUAAGGGAGGUAAAGAUUGGGACUUGAAGUUAGCUCAUGCAGAGUUUGCCUACAAUAGAACUCCAAGCAAAACUACAAAGUAUUCACCUUUUGAAGUUGUGUAUGGUGUGAAUCCUUAUGUGCCGAUUGAUUACAUUUCGCUUCCUAAAGAUAAGUUCGUGCAUGGGACAGCCAAGGAGCAUAUAGAAUUCAUGAUUGAUGUCCAUAAAGAAGUUAGGAAAAACAUAGAAAAGGCAAAUGAGUCAUACAAGAAGCAAGCUAACAAAAACUUGAGAAAUAUGAAGAAGUUCGAAGUGGGUGAUCUUGUGUGGAUAUUCUUGCGCAAAGAAAGGUUUCCUAAACAAAGGAAACACAAAUUGAUGCCUAGGGCAGAGGGACCUUUUCAAAUCAUGGAAAAGAUCAAUGAUAAUGCUUACAAAUCAUCAACUUUCAACGUGGGUGACUUGGCUCCUUAUCUAGAAGAUGAUGAGUUGAGGGCAACUCCUUUCGAAGAAGGGGAGAAUGAUGCAAAUCAUGAAGAGUCCAUUAGUCCAAUCAAGCAUGAUCAUCCUACAAGUCCAAUUCACAAAGAAAUCAUUCUUGCUAAGUCAUUUGAAGAUCAAGUGUUAGAUACUUUUUGUGCGCAUGGACUGUUUCUUGCUAACCAAGGGUUUACUUGUUUACAUUCUGGUUAUGAAUGUUAA